UACAUAUGUGGCGGCGAGAUCAAACUGACUGAAGUGUUAUUGCAACAUAUGUACACAACAGAUUUCGCUUCAGUGGAGGAAUUUAGUUGAUUCAAUUUAUGAGUGCCAUUUAAAACCAAAUUAAAUGAUGGCUAGCAACAGUACGUUUGAGUGCAACACCGUACCUGCAGAAGAAGGAGAGUUAUUUGUUUAUGAGUUCGCAAAGCAUGGUAUCACUGGUAUACAACAAUACGUCACAGAAAGACUUAAUAAAUGGCGUAGAAUUCCAUUGAACAUUGCAGUUACUGGAAAAGCAGGAGCUGGAAAAUCAACUUUUAUAAAUGUCAUUCGGGGACUUAAAACGGGAGAGGAGGGUGCCGCUCAUACUGAUGUCACUGAAGGCACGAAAACUAUCAAGUCUUACAAGCAUCCUUACAACGAAAAUUUAGUAUUUUGGGAUUUACCUGGAGUUGGUACGGAGAAUUUCAAACGGGCAAAUUAUGAUGAUAAGGUCAACCUGGCAAAAUAUGACUUUUUCCUCAUAUUUUCAUCUGAGCGAUUUUUAGAAAACGACGGCUGGCUGGCAAAAGAAAUAAGAAAGAUGGAUAAACGGUUCUACUUUGUGCGUACCAAAGUAUUCCUUGAUAUUUUCAAUGAGAAAAAGGGUAGGGCGUUUCCGCGUUCUAGAGAUGAGAUUUUGAGUCAUAUACGAAUCGACUGCCAACAGAACCUAGAAGGAUAUGGUAUAUCGGACAGCCCUGUCUACUUGAUCGACAACUUUGAACCAUACGACUUUGACUUCGGUAUGCUACAAGCAAAAUUAAUCGAGGAUGCACCACAGCUAAAACGUGAGGCCAUGACUUUUUCAAUUAUUGGUCGAACCGAAGAAUUAAUGUUUCAGAAAAAGAAGGAACUUCAAAAACGAAUUCCAAUUAUUUCAUUGGAAUCUGCAGUGGCUGGCGCAGUUCCCGUUCCAGGCUUUGGCACGGCUGUGGAUGUUGGUCUAAUGAUAAUAGAAAUCAUGUUCUACAGAGACCAGUUUGGUUUGACCGAAGAUGCAAUCAAAAAGAGUGCAGUAAUGCUCGGAGUGCGCACAGAAGAGCUGACAAGUGAACUUGAUAUGAAAUUGAUAUUAAUCAAUUGCACAGAGAAAGGAUUAAUUGCGCUCUGUAAUGCAUUUCUCAUAUCGCAAGCAGUGGAAGAAGUAACAAAGGUCGUGUUACCUGUUAUAGGAAGCGCCAUAGCUGGAAUAUUAUCAUACCAGUCAACUUCCUAUUGCAUGACAAAAAUUCUUGAACAGAUGUAUCAAGAUGCUUUGAAAAUCAACAUGAAAUUGAGUAUGCAUGUAGCACAAUCAUUGGCUGUUUAACGACUUCUUUUCUAUCUUAAGGCCCUGUCACACUAGACUGCGCUUUCACUGAUUUUGCACGGCGUUGUUAAAUUUUACAAAGCGCCGCGAGGUCGCAAUAUAAAUGUGAUAAUUUUGAUAACCUUGAGCGUUUUAAUUGGCGAUUGUCUGCUUUCGGACUGCGCUUCUACUGCGUUCUUUGCGUUUCCACUGCGCUUUAACGGCGCUCACACUGCGCUUAAAUGACAAAGCUCUCUAAAAGCGAGGUAGAGAUGCCGCACAAUCUCCGUACAAGUGUCGUGGAUAACCAUCACGUUUAUUUAGCGCUCCUGGUAUUAAAACAUAUUCAAUAUCAUUUACUUCAUAUAACAUCAACAGAAAUAGAAAUUUAUACUUCAACAUGUUUUUGUUACAUAUAUAACAAUGCAUUUAGUUUAUUAACACUAAUAUUUCUUGAGAAAACGUGGUUAUUUUGACAAUUGGCAUAUGCGAUAACCACUGCCCGUUUACAAAAAAAAAAAAAAAAAAAAAAAAAAAAAAAAAAAAAAAACCUGACACGUAAACAUAUAUUUUUAUUUCUUUUUUUGAAUUCACCAUAAAAUUUUACUUGAUAGAUCAAAAAUGUAGAAAAUUCUAUGAUUUUUUUUCAAUAUAUUUAAUUAUUUACAGAAUUCCAGUUAAUUUUUCUUAUUUCUUGUUCAGUUAAGAGGCCUGAAAACCUAUUUUUUUAAAGAAAUAUGUUCAGAUUUUCUUUUGGUUCAUACAGAUCGAGCCAUUGUGCGUGUUUUAUGUUGACUUAUGCAUUUUGAUAACACAGUUUUGCCAUUUUGAAAGUUUUGAGAUAUACGGAUACCAUGGAAACUGCCAUUUUACAAGAAAUCUAAAACGCCAACAUGUGUUUUUAUUUUUAUUUUUGAAUUUGUCAUUAAAUUUUACACAACAUACAAAAAAUUUAGUAAAUCCUAUGAAAUUUUGUUCUCGAUAUCUUUAAUUAUUUACAGAAAUCAUUUUUUUCUCAUUUCGUGCUCAACAUCAAAAUCAUUUAAAAGAAAUAUGUUCAGAUUAUCAUUUGUUUCAUACAUAAUUAUUGGAUAAGGUUAUCGUUGCAUCAAUUAUGCUUUUUAUGUGUAUUAAGCUAUCAUGUUCUAUUUUUUUUUACACAGUUUGGCUAUUUUUGAGAUAUACGGUUACCAUGGAAUCUGCCAUUUUACAAGAAAUCCAACACGUCAACAUAUAUUUUUCUAUUUUGAAUUCGCUCUUUAAUUUUACUAAUCAUACAAAAAAUUUAGAAAAUGCUUUGAAAGGAUUAAAAUUUUCAUAAAACUGUAGAAAAUGUAUAUUUGAGUGGAAGUGUCUAUCCUUAGGGUGUGUUAGACAAUAUUGAGUUUUAAUUAACUUUAUUAAAGCUUGUGACAAUAAUAUAUAAGCCCAUAUAGUCGUUAUAACGUAACGUUUGUGUGCAUAAACACUGUUUUGAAAAAAGCUAUCGUUGAAAAUCAGAUUGUUAAAUUGUAGGUGUGAAGUGAAUAUGCAUAUAAAGUUUUAUAACGUUUUAACAUGACAACUGUUUAUAAUAUUUAGCUUGUGUGACUAGUUUUACAUGACUAUUCAAGCAAAUUAAGACAUUGUCGAUUUCGUUUUAAUUAAGUUUUGUGGGGAUUUGAAAUAAAAUUAUUUAACUAAUGAUUUUUUUGUUUGUUAAAAGAUAUAGAAUGAUAUGGCCUUUAUCUAGACGUGACGUUCUAUUUUUAGCAACUGAAAUCACUUAUUUUGAUGCAUAAUGUUCUAUGAAUAUGCACUCAUCGUAUGGUUUCCUUACUUAAGAAGUAUUCAGUGGUAUUUCAGAUCAUACAGAAUAUUUAUUAUGUAUUAUCGGAAUCUGAUUUGUCAUGCGAACAUCUGACGGAACAUUGCCAAAUUAUGGUAACGGCUUGUAAUUAUGAAUGAAAAACAAUUUUGUCAUACAUUUUCAACAAAUUUUUCAAUUCCAUUUUUCGUUAGUAGUAUUCUUCAUUGUUUAUUGACAAACGUCCCAUGACUUGGAAAUUUCUCGAAUUCAAAAAUUUAUUAUGUUCAUGUUAAUAUGUUUGCAGUUAUUUGAAUUAAGUUCGUUAACUAUACAGUUUAUACAUACAAUGUCUUUUAAUUUCCCUG